UCUCUGUCGAGGGGCCGGAAAAGGAUGAAGUUUGGCAGUAAAUUACCACUACUGAAGCCAGUAACUAUCUGCGACUAGGUAGAAGAAGAGCUUGAAAACAUGCUUGUCGUGGCAGAGUGGGAGUGCAUCACCGUGCAGCUCGUCUUAAUGCAGUACCUAGGUAGAGUAAAGGUAACAAGCACUGUGGGGGUUCAUGGCUGACUUCCAUUCCCUGCCUAACUUCGCAAGUAUCCUGUGAACUUUAGGUAAAUUACUCGUCCUCUCCUCUCCUCUCCUCCCAACAGCUCCCUCUCCUUCAGAUCUUGGGUACUGAAUUCGGAUCUUCAGCCCAUCCCACCAUUCCAUCCCAUCACAUCCUUCUACGCCCGCCUGCUGUUACUCGCUCGUCUCUUCGCCUCCAGGCCCCUUACGAUAGGUUGCUGCUGUGUACUGUAGGGUAAGGAAUCGGCGGACGGCGAGGUUGGAUCCUAGUACCCCGCCUGCCACUGCCACUGCCACUGCAACACCACGGAAGCAAGAUGGGCUAGAAGCCAUUAUUGCCAACCACGAUUUGCAGCACUCAGAGCACUCAGAGCAAACUGGGCUAACGAGUUGAGGCGACCCAGCUUAAACUUACCUGCCCUCGCUGCCCUCCCUACCUAUGGGAAGCUCCCGACGGUUCCAAACCUCAGUUGGCCGGGCUUGGUUGUUGUGCUACCCUAGGCGAUGCGGCUGCGAUCACGAUACUUAUACUCUCGGCUUCAACAGGCAGCUUCGCUUCGAGCUUCUAACUUAAUUACAGUAAUUUACAAUAUCAAUUACCUUAGGGAAGAGUCAGGGUUAGAGUCAGGUCCAAAGCAACAACGGGACUCGGACCAGAUCUACACCUUCACCUUCACUUCCAUUACGGCCAUCUUUUCCCCUUGGCCACUCAGCUCUGCUCACCGCAACUAGACUUCCUCACUACCUACCCUCUACCUUACCAACCUGCCCUCCCACCGCCUUGCCUUGCCUUGCCUUGCCUUGCUUUUCUUGGUGCCUCCUGGUGCCUGAUCUCGGAUUGCCUUACUGGUAAUGCCACUCACUAUCUUACCUCCUUUCACACCGACCGCUCUAGCCGCAAGUCUCGAGUUACUCCCACUCCCACUCCCACGGUUCUCACGAUAAUCCCUCCAUACUAAGGAAAAGCAUCCAGCCUCGCUAGUCUUCUCGAGUCACCAAUCUCGUGCAUGUGCCUGCGCCUGCCUGGCUGAGUCUGACUCUUCAACUAGGUAGAGGCAGGCUUCCGGCGCUCUAAUUAUCACCAUACCUUAUACUUCCAUACCCUCUUCAUCGAAAAGGGUAGCUUUUCUCAAGCUCAAGCAGUCCCAAAAUUCCGAGUACUUGAAGCGCCAUAUCAGAUUCGUCGCCGCGUUGCUGUCCGACCCACCGGUACGAGUAAACGGUGCAUAGAUACCUUAGCUGCUCUGCGCUGCGCUGCGCUGCGCUGCACUGCACUGCACUGCACGCAAACUUUCUGCAGCUCACAUCUGCGUCCUCGCCAGUCGGGGGUCGCCUGCAGUGUCUGCACCAUGCAGUCCCAAGCUGCGACGUUAUUGUCACCUAUUGGAUAUAGUAACAACAGAUGCGGCUAUUGCUGCAAUAAAUCAGGAAGCUUCUCGUACUAUGUAACCACUACUUCCUUGACUGCAAAGUUCUACCAAUCUCUCCUUGACCGCGGCUGGAGGAGAUCUGGAACCCUGUUGUACAAACCGGACCAAUCUGCAUCUUGUUGUCCACAUUAUACAAUCAGACUAGACUCCGACCAAUUCCAUGCCUCGAAAGACCAACGACAAGUCCAGAACCGGUUCAACAAGUAUAUUCUGGGAGAUACCUACAUCAAAGAGGCUGCCAGGCGUCAUCCACUAUCACGCGAGCAAGCCAAGAAGCGUAACAAGGACUUCAACGUUGCGGAGCGUGUUCAUGAGUGCGAAAAAGAGCAGGUGAAAGUGCCGCCUGAGCCUGCCCAUACCUUGACUGUCACGCUUGAACCAGAUAACUUCACGGAGGAGAAGUACAUUUUGUUUGAGAAUUAUCAGCGCGUUGUGCAUCACGAGCCGCCUCAAAAGAUCACCAAGCACGGCUUCAAAAAUUUCCUCUGCUCCUCGCCACUUCCUAGAAGCGAAGAAGUCUUUGAUGAGGGGCGGGUACGGCGACUCGGAUCGUACCACCAGUGCUAUCGGAUUGACGGCAAGCUCGUUGCUAUCGGCGUGCUCGAUCUCCUCCCACAAUGUGUGAGUGCCGUCUACUUCAUGUACCACGAGUCGGUCCAUGAACACGGCUUUGGUAAGCUUGGGGCUAUGAGAGAGAUUGUCUUAGCCAAGGAGCAAGGAUAUCGAUGGUGGUAUGCAGGUUUUUACAUACACAGUUGCAUUAAGAUGCGAUACAAAGGAGAUUUUUCUCCACAGUAUAUGCUAGAUCCAGAUUCUUAUGCUUGGGAUCCCCUCGAUACCGAAUUGAAGAAGAAACUGGACAAGACGAAAUUCUUUAGUCUAUCACGCGAACGAUCUGGUCUCGUUGAAGACUUGUCAAACACAACGAAGCAGCCGCCGCAUAUCACAGACACCCCAAACGAAGCCAAUAUGGUUGACGACUCCGAUGAAGAUGAUCCUCCACUCUCAGACCCAGACACGCCUUUAUUUGCACGCUCCAUACCUGGAAUUCUCACCAUAGAUCAGCUUCAGCAUCAAGUUGACUUGGACAGCAUCAAUAUUCAAGUGAGAGGCCUGCGAGCCGAAGCUCAGCAGCUUCUCUGCUGGGACACAAGCGACAUAAACAGCUCGAGCUCCAUAAAAUGUAUUAUCGCAGAGCUUGCUGCGGCGGUCGGCCCUUCGUUGGCAAAAGAAAUGGUUGUCAGCUUUCGUUGA